GUAAACUUCUAUUACUUUCACUAACUACAGUGAUAACUAUUAAUUAUAAAGAAAAAAAAAUGAAUUCAAAUUAUAUUCUACGAUUUUUAUUUCUGGUUUGUUUAAUAGCAUUAGCAAAAACUAACGACGAAGAAGAUACAGCAUUGGAUAAAACAAGAGAAAAUUUUGGCAUUGCAACAAGAAGAUUAUUAGAUUGUCUAGGUCAAUGGAGUAUGAAAGCAAAUUUAACUGAGGCACUUGGUAUAUUGAAAAAUAGUGUUGCUGUAUAUUUCCACGAACUAAGAGUUUUAUUUGCUAUCAAGAAUAGAACCGAAAAAGACAUAGAUGAUAAAAUUGCAAAAUUUGUUUGCUCAAAGUCGGAAAAAAUUUAUAAAUGUUGGGGAUGGACGUUAGAUAUUUGCCAUGAAAAAGUAGCUACAUGUGGAGAAUUAUAUCGAACGGGAUUAUUUGAAGAAAUUAAAAAAAAAAAAGGGUCUAAAUUUCCAAGUAUGAAAAGUUUUUUCCCAAUUUUAAAAAGUUCAAAUAAUUCUAAUGGAUCUGACACAUCCAAUACACCUUCGAUAGAAUCUGAAGAAGCAGCUUAAAAGGAAGAUAACAAUCAAUAAUAUAAUUUUCGUAAAUUAAACAUGUCUGUUUAAAUGAAAAUUAUUCAACACAAUAGAG